CCCGGAAGUGGGUCGGGGGCUUGGCCUCUGCCCGGCCUCGGAGCCGGAGCCGGAGGUGUUACCUGGAGGGGUCGCACCGAGCUAUUCCGUCGGGCGGCGUACCCCGGGCAGGGCCCGGGCUAAGAGUCCAGGAUGCUGAACGUCCCUUCCCAGUCUUUCCCGGGCCCCAGCUCGCAGCAGCGCGUCUCCACCGGGGGGCGUAGCAAGGUCCCUCUGAAACAGGGCAGAAGUCUUAUGGAUUGGAUUCGACUGACCAAAAGUGGAAAGGACCUAACAGGAUUAAAAGGAAGAUUAAUUGAAGUAACUGAAGAAGAACUUAAAAAACACAACAAAAAAGAUGAUUGUUGGAUAUGCAUAAGAGGGUUUGUUUAUAAUGUCAGCCCGUACAUGGAGUAUCACCCUGGUGGAGAAGAGGAACUUAUGAGUGCAGCGGGAUCAGAUGGUACUGACCUUUUUGACCAGGUUCAUCGUUGGGUCAACUAUGAAUCCAUGCUGAAAGAAUGCCUGGUUGGCAGGAUGGCCGUUAAACCUGCUUUUCCUAAAGACUAUCAUGAGGAAAAGAGACUCUUAAACGGCAUGCUUCCCAAGAGCCAAGUGACAGAUCCACUUGCCAAAGAAGGGCCUAGUUCUCCAAGCUACGACUGGUUCCAAACAGACGCUUUAGUCACCAUUGUCAUAUAUACUAAACAGAAGGAUAUCAAUUUAGACUCAGUAAUAGCUGAUCACCGGGAUGAUUCCUUUAGAGCAGAAACAGUUAUCAAGGAUUAUUCAUAUCUUAUACAUAUUGCCCUAAGUCAUGAGAUUCAGGAAGAUUUUUCUGUGCGAGUUGUUGAGAAUGUGGGAAAAAUAGAGAUUGUCCUGAAGAAAAAAGAGAUUACUUCUUGGAAAUGCCUUGGUCAUCCCCUGGAGAAUCAUAAUUCACUUAUUCCAAAGAAAGAUACAGGUUUGUACUACAGAAAGUGCCAGUUAAUUUCCAAGGAAGAUGUGACUCAUGAUACGAAGCUUUUCUGCUUGAUGCUGCCACCAAGCACACAUCUUCAGGUGCCAACUGGGCUACAUGUUUACUUCAAGCUAACUAUCACAGGUACUGAAAUUGUGAAGCCAUAUACACCCGUAUCUGAUUCCUUAUUCUCAGAGUUCAAGGAACCAAUUCUUCCCAACAAUAAAUACAUCUACUUUUUGAUCAAAAUCUACCCUGCUGGACUCUUCACACCAGAGCUUGAUCAUCUUCAGAUUGGAGAUUAUGUUUCUGUAAGCAAUCCCGAGGGCAAUUUUAAAAUAUCCCAGUUCCAAGACUUGGAAGAUCUCUUUUUAUUGGCAGCGGGAACAGGCUUCACACCAAUGGUUAAAGUACUGAGUUAUGCUUUGACUAAUAUACCCAGUCUCAGGAAAGUGAAGCUGAUGUUCUUCAAUAAAACAGAGGAUGACAUAAUUUGGAGAAGCCAAUUGGAGAAAUUAGCAUUUAAGGAUAAAAGAUUUGACCUUGAAUUUGUUCUCUCAGUACCUACUUCUGAAUGGAAUGGCAAACGGGGAUACAUUUCACCAGCUCUGCUUUCUGAAUUUUUGAAAAGAAGUUUAGACACGUCCAAAGUCCUCAUCUGCAUUUGUGGACCAAUGCCAUUUACAGAACAAGGAAUGAAGUUGCUGCAUGAUUUGAACUUUUCCAAAGAUGAGAUCCAUAGUUUUACAGCAUAAUGAAGCGCCGUCGUUCAACUGUUUUAGCUAAAUUUGUGAUUACUUAGGGUUUUUUAAAAGAACAUUUUUGUAUAUAGGUUAACUAGAAUCCAGGUUUUAGUUUCUUAAAUUAAAUCAAAUGUUUCUUCACUAUAGAUACCUUGUUGACUUUAUUUUGUACCAUAACUUAUUUUACUACUGAUAUUUGUCCUGGAAGGUCAAUCGUGGCAACAAGUAUAUAGAGGAUUCUUUGUUACGAAUCACAAAGUUCCUUACCAUUUAAACUGUAUCACUGUUCUACAAUAAGCUCUUGUGUUUUAUGACAUGAUAAAGCAAAUGAUCAUUUUGAUCACAUUUCUAUGCUGUAAGAUGUCUGAUUAGCAAUACAGAUUAAAUUUUACAUUGCACUGUAAACUCAGGAAAUGAUCAUUUAUGUCCUUGUUCUUACUAUGAAAACAUGGAAUGUUAUAACUUAAGUGAUCCAAACAUUUUGUGUGUCUGUGGCCUUGAUACAGAGUAGAAUAAAAAACAUUCUGAAGUACUUUUUAAUCUUUGUGGUAGAAAUGUGUUCGAGUGCAACAGUGUGGGUGAGUGUCUGCGGGGAAUUUUAAAAGCAGCAGUAAAAGAUUCUGGAGACACUUGACACACGCAGCUUUGGAGUAUAUGUGUUUAGAAAGUUUAAGACAACCUUGACAACUAUUCUGAUUCUUAGCCAAAACUAGAGGCAUCAGGAAAGAUAAUGAAAGUAUAGCAUCUGGUCUCAUGGUCUAAAAUAAUCAUUUGGUGCUUUGGAAUAGGUUAAAUUUAAAUUCUUUCUGAGCCCAUCUAGACCAGCUGGGCAAAUGAGGGACACUCCAUCCUAAAUGGUACCUUCCCUGGCUGGCUGCUUGCCCCACAGCUGGCGGUUCAGCAGGGAGCCCUCCUAAGCUCUGCUGUGUGGGCAUCUUAUUCUCUCUCCCUGCUGCUGUGUGCAGCCUUCAAAGGCUUUCACAGAUUGGGAUUCUGCAAAGGGUAUCAAGAAAAGCCAUUGUGUAUACUACCAAGUGUAAAACAGACAGCUAGUGGGAAGCAGCCGCAUGGCACAGGGAGAUCAGCUCAGUGCUUUGUGACCAC